UUAUGCAUCUCUGAAAAAGUUAUGUCUUUAAGGUGCUGCCCUGCCCUGCCCUGCCCUGCCCUCUAUUUUAGGAAUUACUGAUGAUACUAAAAGGAGUAUAAGUCUCGACUACAUGAUUCCUGAACACAAACUGUAGCUAGAAAAAUAAGAUUUUAAGGUUAUGGCUUAUGUAGCAAAAAAGUCUAUUUAUGGACUGGAUAACUUCAGUAAUGACAGAUAUUAUGGAUAAUCACAAAUAUAUGCUGGAGACAAAAGACUGAAAUGGGUACAAUUUAAGCCAUUCCUGCCUGUUGUCAGUUGGUAAGCAUAAAUUUUUAAGCUUGCACAAUACGUCAUGCUCUACUUGGAGUAGUUUACCUCGCCCACAAGAUUAAAUAAAAUAGGAGGGCAGCUUCCUUAAACUGCAGAACUUCUAGGAUAGGCUUCACAUGUAAAAAUUAACAGUAACUGAAAGAGUAUAAACCAUGUCUUUGAAAGCAGCCUUGGAAAUAGGAACUGAGAGCUGUGUUCAAGUGCCUGCAUGUUGCUCAGCUCGCUACAAUUUAGCAAUACUGGCCUUUUUUGGAUUCUUCCUUCUCUAUGCGUUACGUGUGAAUCUAAGCGUUGCUCUGGUAGACAUGGUAGAACCCAACACAAGUUUAACAAAAAAUACAACUUCCAGCGUGUGUCCAGAACAUUCCUCCACCCUAAAUGUGCCUCGUAACACAACGGGGAAAAAAUAUUCUUGGGAUUCAGAUACUCAAGGAUGGAUCCUCGGUUCCUUUUUCUACGGCUACAUCAUUACUCAGAUUCCAGGUGGAUAUCUUGCAAGCAAAAUUGGAGGGAAGUAUUUGCUGGGGUUUGGUAUCUUUGGUACCUCUCUGUUCACCUUGUUCACCCCCUUAGCAGCAGAUUUGGGAGUUGGAUACCUCAUAGCAGUCAGAGCCUUGGAAGGGCUGGGAGAGGGAGUUACAUUCCCCGCUAUGCAUGCCAUGUGGUCAUCUUGGGCUCCCCCACUAGAACGCAGCAAGCUCCUUAGUAUUUCAUAUGCAGGUGCACAGCUCGGAACAGUUGUCUCUCUUCCAUUGUCUGGUUUAAUUUGCUACUACAUGAAUUGGGUUUAUGUAUUCUAUAUAUUCGGUGCACUUGGUAUAUUAUGGUUCUUCUUCUGGAUAUGGUUGGUUAGUGACACACCUCAAACUCACAGAAGAAUCUCACACACUGAAAGGGAAUAUAUUCUUUCCUCCCUUAAAGAUCAGCUUUCUACUCAGAAGUCUGUGCCAUGGGAACCUAUGCUGAAGUCCAUUCCACUCUGGGCUAUUGUUGUGGCACAUUUUUCUUAUAACUGGACUUUUUACACUCUUCUCACACUGUUACCUACAUAUAUGAAGGAGAUUCUGAGGUUUGAUGUGCAGGAGAAUGGACUUUUAUCUGCACUGCCUUAUUUUGGCUGUUGGGUGUGCAUAAUCUUGUCUGGUCAGAUUGCUGAUUACUUGCGGGAAAAACGGAACUUGUCCACCGUAUGUGUUCGCAAAACAUUUACCUUAAUAGGAAUGAUUGGACCUGCUGUAUUUCUAGUAGCUGCUGGAUUCAUAGGCUGUGACUAUACAUUGGCUGUUGCAUUCCUAACCAUAUCAACAACACUAGGAGGCUUUUGUACAUCUGGCUAUAGCAUCAACCACCUUGAUAUAGCACCAUCGUAUGCUGGGAUCCUCCUUGGAAUCACAAACUCAUUUGCCACUAUCCCAGGAAUGGUGGGGCCAGUGAUUGCCAAACUCCUGACUCAUCAUAAUACUAUGGGAGAAUGGCAGACUGUCUUCUAUAUUGCUGCUUCUAUUAACUUAUUUGGAGCAAUUUUCUUUGCAUUAUUUGGCAGUGGAGAAGUGCAGGACUGGGCAGUCAGUGGAUACCACAUGCAUAGGAACUGAAGGAGUCAUUGAAAUACCCAGGCUGAAUUGCUUUGUAUUAAAAUCAUGUGAUCUGAAAA